CAGGGAAGGUCGGCAGAAUACGGUGUAUCAUUCGCUGAGUAAAGGUGUUGUGUGUUGUGGAAAACAAUGAGAAUAUAUUGCAUAAGUUUUAAUAUUUUUUGGAUUAACAUUUUAUUAGCGGGUGCUGUUAGAAAAGAUAUAUGUGAGCAAUGUUUGAAAAUCGAAGAGUGCCCAUCGUUUGCACAUUUGAAUAAACAUGAACAGCAGGUGUGGCUCGAACAAGUCCCUUGCGAGGGACAGCAAGCGAUAGAAGAAACAACGGUUUUCGGAUUUUCACCCGUUGCCAAAGGGGACUAUGUAUGUUGUCCGAAAUCUAAUAUAUGGGAAAAUGACAAUAAUAACGGUGGGAAAACUACAACCACUGAAAGCAAUAACAAAAGGGAAAUAAAACCAGUUGAAAUAAGACCUAAUAACAACGAAGGACUGGAAAGUUCACAGCAGUCACCAAUCAAUCAAGAUUUAUAUUCAAGCCAAAAUUAUAACGAUCAACCAAUUGGUCAAAAUGUCUUGUAUAGACCUAACAAUCAAAACUACCCAAACUUUUACGGAAACCAACAAAACAGACCAUAUGGACCAAAUUUUUAUGGAAAUGGGCAAAACAAUCUUUAUGGGCAAAACCCAAAUUAUCAACAAUAUCCAAAUGGUGGUAAUGCUUGGAACAAUCCGAGGCAGCCAGGCGUAAUGACUAUAAAUCCUGGUCAAAUUCCAAAUGUGGGGCAAAAUCCAUACAAUAGAAAUCCAUAUUACAACAAUGGAAAUAGGUAUGGUAGACCAAAUCGAGGUGAACAAUGCGCAGCGCAAACUAGCUUGCUACCAGAUCCUGAAACUCACUGCUGCGGCCGAGACAUGUCUGACGCCCUUAGAAUUACAGACUUACAAAGCCUUCUGAACAUUAAUGCACCCUCUAAUCAUCACUCUUGGUCAUCACACCAACGACCUCAACAACCAUAUUAUCAGAGACCUUACUACCAGCAGAAAGACAAGCUAUCCGAGGAUAAUAACACAGUCGUUGAUAUCGGUCUGGAUGACAGAAUAGUAGGUGGAAAAGAAACAGAGUUGGACCAGUUUCCCUGGACGGUACUUUUAAAAAUGGCGUUUAGUAACGACAACAGCAUAUCUGUAUUUAACUGCGGAGGGUCUUUGAUAAGUCGUCGUUAUGUGCUGACAGCUGGACAUUGCGUGUUCGAGCCAGGAGCCAAAUUAAUUGGCGUUAACAUAACACUCGCAGAAUAUGACAAGACAACCUUUCCUAGAGAUUGUAAAUACGAAAUAGGAAAUAAGCCUAAAUGCAUUGAUAACGUAUUGAUGUUCGCUGAGGAAGUAAUACUUCAUCCGCAGUAUGAUGACGAUCAGCUCCACAAUGAUAUAGCACUCAUCAGGCUUCAUGGAUAUGCACCUUAUACACGAUACAUAAGGCCUAUAUGCCUUCCGCCCAUCGACAUAGACAACGACGCUCUUUCAAAUCUACCACUAGCAGUAGCCGGAUGGGGGCGCAAUGGACGAUAUGUCAGUGAUAUCAAACAGUCUACUGUGGUACACUUGGUAUCUCAUGAUCAAUGCAAGAAGUCCUAUCCAUAUUUAAGCAGCUCGCACCUCUGCGCGGCCGGCCGUACAGGGCAAGAUACUUGCAAGGGCGAUUCUGGAGGACCUCUCAUGAUGAUGUUCAAAGCAAGCUACUAUGUGAUUGGUGUAGUUAGCGGGAAAAGGGCAGACAGUCCAUGUGGAACUACUGUACCAUCUCUCUACACCAAUGUUUUCCAUUACGUUCCAUGGAUUAGGAGUAAUAUAAGAAGUUGAUGUUUUUAUAUUUAUGACACAUACCUUCAUAUACUUAAACCUCAGCGAAUCGAAUUUAUUU